ACUUUCUGCUUUCCUCUGUUUUAUAUAAUUUAGGUUUUGGACUGUUGGUCGGACACAAUGAGUAAAUUGGACGUUGUCACCUUGGGCUCUGGGAACUUGAAAUAGGCGUUUUCCCUAUUUUCAUUACAUUUUAUAGACUAAACAAUUAAUUGAUUCAUUAUUUUUACUCGAUAAAUAACUAGCACCACAAAUCAAUAAUCAAAAUUAUAAUCUGUUCAUUCUAUAGUAGUUUACCUAGGAAAUCAUUUUAGCACUUGAAUGUGCAUCAAGUGCACAGCCAUUUUCUUAUCUUGAUUCUAAGCCUAGAUUUCACGUGUUCAUCAACAUUUUAACAACAGGACUUUGAAAAGGAAUUUGUGUAGUUUGGGGCUGGUCAUCAAUAGCUAUAGCCCCAGUUGGCACAAAAACAUGUUAUCCACAGACAUUUUAGGAAUUAUCUGACUACAUUUGUGUAUAACAAUUUGCAUAUAAUAGUUAUUAGUUAUGAUGAUGGUGUUUGUUAGUUCAGUCUUUAUGGUCAUUAAAGGUUGUCUGCCCUACAGACUUGCAUUCCAUCUUUAAAAUAGUCUGAUUAGGUGGCUAGAAUGAAGAUAAGCAGAGAUCUAAAGUCCCACCAGGAGCAAAAAACCACUGAUGUAGUUUGCCUGCCUGGUUGGGUGGUGCAUACAUUAUGAGGACAAAAUAAGCUGAUGGACUUGGUUGCUAGGCUGCAUAGUCCAAAACGUGGGAGCGUGGAUGGCUGAUGGAUGGAACCUGACUUCACUUCUACUCUGCUGCUUUUGCUGCUAUAGAGAGCUGGUGGUAUAAUGAUGCUUUUUAAUGAUACUACAUCAACAUGGCUUUAAGUUUGCAAUUCCUGCACUGGUACAAAAAAUUAGAUAAGCCAGUAUCUAUGGUAGCUAAUGUAAUCUGUGCUUACAAGGCUUUGGACCUUUUCCAGAUAUUAGUUCAAAUAAAUUUAGACCAUUGCAUUUUCAAAAUGUAUUAUGAAUUAAAAAAACAAAUGCUCAGUCAUAAACAAAUGAGUUAGUGUUUUGAAAACAUGGUGUUAACGAGUGGAAAUGAGAGAGAAUUGACACUUACACUGGUGUAUGUUUAUUUUAGGGCUGUCUAUUCGUAGAUCUUUUUGCCUGCUAGUUUCAAAUAACACUGUGAACUCCCACCCAGAGGGAAAGACCCACAGGCCUGGGGUUUGUCUCAUUCUCAUGAAGUAGGACUACUAAGUUAGCUGAAUAACUGUGAUUAUUAAAACCAGGAAUUCCCUCAUAUAUGGAACAUGGACUGUAGUAAAAAAGAGCUGAGUUCUACUCAGUACAUGCAUGCAGCUUACUUAGUAGUCCUGCUUCAUGAAAGAGGAUACACUUUAGCUAAUGUGCUUUUUUGUAUAUAUCCACAUUUAUGAUAACAGGCUAGAAUGAUUUAGUUACACAUUUCCUUUGAAUACAGUAUAACUAUACACAAGUUUAAUGCAUUAACAGCCUGCUUCUUUUGAAUAACCAAAACAGAAGGUAUCAUAUAGUAUGGGGGGGGGGGAUUCUGUUCAGCCGGGACUUCAUAAUGACCGUAACUGUCAAAGGAAAAUUUGUUUUAAAUAUAAGUUUAUUUAGAGGCAGUCGGGCUGUUGUAAGUAGCUCACUCGAUUUUAAGAAGGACUACACUUUACAGUGUCAUGCCUUUACCAGUUAAAUUGGCAGAAAUUAUAAAAGAAAUCUUCUAAUUGAACAAUUGCUCAUUUCAUUAUCAAUUAACAUAGCUUGGUGUUAUCUUAUUGAUUAAUCAAUUCAUGACUUUGGCUAUAAAAUGUAAAAAACAAAACAAAACAAAAAAACACACACAAAAAACACAAAUGUCCAUCACAGUUUCCCAGAGCCCAUUUAGAUGUCUUAACACUGUAACCAACAAAUGUUUGAUAUUUUUAUGUGAUAAAAGACUUAAUUGAUGAAGAGGUGAUUGAAAAAGUAAUAGCUACAUUUUCUGUCAAUUUAAUCAAUUAAUCGACUAAUAGUUUCAGUGCUACCUACAAUACCACGUGAUGAAAACUGUAAAAUAUAUAGGCAUAGACCUGUAUUAAAUAUGCCUGUUUUAUCAACACAGUUUGGUUGGUUGUAAAGUGGGCACGCUCUCUGUUCUGGUCCUAGCUGCAACUGUCGGGAUUGGGUCAACCUAAACAAAGUCAUGGACCAGAAUGGUCUUGCACAGAUUGACAUAGUCAGUAACCUCAUUAGGCUUUUCCCCUUCAAAUCUAGAAAUGUAGGUAUAAACGUUGCCACCAGACAGAGGUGACUCGUUAGAUAUUUAGCCAGCAGUCAGCCUGUGGGAAACAGCAUGUAACCUCUAAUGAUAACUUAUUUAUCCAUCGCUUUUGAAUUGUGUUAUGGGAGGAAUAUAAAAUUGUUUAAAUAUAAAGUUUCCAAACUGCCAGGUAGGAAAGAACAGAAUCAAACUUUACAAACAUGGGGUCGAGACUGGUUGUCACUUACCAUCAGUUAUCAUAAUGCAAAAUUUAAAUUGACCAGUGGGUUGUGCAGAGCUGUGCUGGCUCAAGUGUAACUUGGCCCAAGUGUAACUACGGGUAUGUUUACAGCGUUUAACCCAGGUUGAAGUAAGAGCAGCACAGUGAGAGCUGGACAGCGCAAAACAGCUCAAGUAAAAUGUUUUCUCACCUGCCGGGUACAAGGAAGUUAAUAUUACCCUCUCCUCCGCCCACCCUCCAUCCCUCAUGUAUCUCUCAUUUCCCUCUCUCAUCUGAUCUGCAUGUUUACAAGAUGGAGUGAUUUCUCUCUCCAUCUGGGGAGAUUAGCUGUCCAAGGCUGUCCUUCUGCAUGUAAGAUAUAAGGAUGAAAGGAGAGUUGGACAGACACACUCUUCCUCCUCCCCACUAUCAGUCUCUCCUCAGCUAAAAAAUAAAAACAUUGUUGCAGGAUGUUCUGCGGUGGCUGUUAUUACGAUUUGGAAGCAGUAUGUCAGGGCUCCGUUCACUCCAACGACAGUCUGUCAGACUCCAGCCCACCUGCCCCUGGUGUUCCUACUCAGGUGGUCCAACCAGUGCAGACCACCCAACAGAGGUCAGUGUUGCAAGCAGUGUCACAGGCAGCCAAGAGGAUUCAGACUGGCCACAUCAACAACCUACAGUCUGUACACAUUAACCAGGAGGUGGAGCAUGUGUUCUCUGGCCAGGUGCAGUAUGUGGACGGAGGAGGAGACGCGACCUUUACAUCACCCACCAUUCGAUCGAGCAACUACCCUUUCUCCGACUCGCCCCUCUUCUCCCAGACCCCUCCCACCUCCUCCUCCACCUACUACGAGGCCACUCCCAGCUCUGAGUCAGACAUCACUGGCUCGGUGACCUCGCAGCCAGUUUCUGUGGCAACAGCAGGAGCCAAUAGCGGGGGAGCUGCUGCAGGCGGAGGGGGCUACGUAAUUCAGGGCGGUUAUGUGUUAGGAGGAGGGGGAGGAGCUGCAGCAGGUGGAGGAGGAGGAGGAGGACAGAGUUAUUCCAGCCCUAACUCUCGUGCCCCACCUGCUACUGUGCAGUGGCUGUGUGAUAACUAUGAGGGGGCGGAGGGGGUGAGUUUACCUCGCUGCACCCUCUACUACCACUACCUGCUGCACUGCCAGGAGCAGAAACUAGAACCUGUUAACGCUGCAUCCUUUGGCAAACUCAUCAGGUCUGUCUUCAUGGGACUACGUACACGGAGAUUAGGGACCAGAGGGAACUCCAAGUACCACUACUAUGGUCUGAGGAUCAAAUCUGGUUCCCCUCUGCUCAGACUGAUGGAUGAACAACAGCACAUGGCGAUGAGGCAGCAGCCUUUCUCACAGAAAAACAGUAGGAUAAAGCCAGUUCAGAAGACACAGGGGAUCACCAAUGGGACAUCAGGUGGGAUGGGUCAGCAGGCGGCGGCACUCUGUGAUAUUUCAGCACAGGUGCAACAGUAUCAGCAGUUUCUGGAGGCAUCAAGGCCACUGCCAGACUUUGUGGACAUUGAUCUGCAAGAUCAAACCCUGCCCGAUGGGAUCCUUUUGGAACACCUGAAGGCCUUUCAGACUCUCUACAGAGAACACUGCGAGGCCAUUCUGGACGUGAUGGUCAACCUUCAGUUCACUCUUGUGGAGACACUAUGGAAAUCCUUCUGGAGGUUCAGCCAGAGCAGUGACACAGAAUCACUCAACCUGCACGAUGAGUCUGAGAAGCGUCUGCCCAAAUCGUGCCUGGUGGUGCUGUGUAAGUUUGAACCAGUGCUGCAAUGGACGAAAGAGUGCGACAACCUGCUCUACCAGACUCUGGUGGAGAUCCUCAUCCCUGAUGUACUGAGACCCAUCCCUAGUGCCUUAACUCAGGCCAUCCGCAACUUUGCCAAGAGUCUGGAGAAUUGGUUGACAGGAGCUAUGAUGAACAUCCCAGAAGAGAUGGUUCGCAUAAAGGUGGUGUGUGUAUGCUCCUUCUCCCAGACACUGCGCCGCUAUACCAGCCUGAACCACCUGGCCCAGGCAGCCCGCGCCGUCCUCCAGAACUCAGCCCAAAUCAACCAGAUGCUCUCAGACCUCAACCGGGUUGAUUUCACUAACGUGCAGGAGCAGGCAUCCUGGGUGUGUCAGUGUGAGGACCGUGUGGUACAGCGGCUGGAGCAAGACUUUAAAAUGACUUUGCAGCAGCAAAACUCUCUGGAGCAGUGGGCUACCUGGCUGGAUGGUGUUGUCUCUCAGGCCCUAAAGCCCUACGAGCACAACCCUGUCGCCCUACCAAAGGCUGCCAAGGUCUUCCUGCUCAACUGGUCUUUCUAUAGUUCUAUGGUAAUCCGGGACCUGACUCUGCGCAGUGCUGCCAGUUUUGGCUCCUUUCACCUGAUCCGCUUGCUGUAUGAUGAGUAUAUGUACUACCUGAUAGAACACAGGGUGGCCCAGGCUAAAGGAGUGACACCCAUUGCGGUCAUGGGAGAAUUUGCCAGCACCGUCAAGAGCCGAAUCUCUCUGGACCUGGAGAAAGAAGAAGAGGAAGAUGAGGAAGAGGAGAGCGAUGACGAGACCGGAGAUCUGGUGCUGCAGUCCAGCUCUCUGAGUGCGGUCGAUGAGGAGAAGGAGCCGAUGGAGCCGCCUACCAAGCAGCCCAGGACGAGUUUAAAUCUGCACACUCUGACUGAGACCCACAGCACACCUCCUUAGUCACUCAUUCAUUUGUAUAAUUAUCACACACAUGCACACACUUUACACACACCUUUUGAUUUAAGUUUAAAAUCAUGUCAUCCCAUCCUGUCACCCUGUGUACGCUUCUGGUUUGCAAACAGGUGGUGUUUGGUGGUGAGUGUGUGCGCAAGCAGGUGAGAGAGUGGGAGAGUCCUUUGCCAAUUUUGUAUUCUGUACUUUUGUGCUGCCAUUCUUUUUCACUUCAUCAUUUGAUGCCCUUCCCGCGUUUUCUGUGCCUUCCCUAUCUAUCCAGUGGCUAGAUGUCAGUAGUCGCUCUACUGCAAACUCUACUGUAUACAGUAUAUAUGCUGCCCCGCCUUAACCACUGACCUGAUUGCUGUGGAGAGAUGAGAAGACUCCAAUGUUCUUCAUUGUACUCUAAACUCAAAAAUAUCACUCACCUUGCCUUUAAAGCAAUGACUAUGCAGGGGAGCUGGACUUGGCACUGUCUGAAAUAUACUUUUUUUUAACCUCAGAGUAGUAUCUGGAAUGAUACUGCAUCAUGGAUUUUGUUGGCACAUGGAUGUUGAUGUUGACAGCUAUUUGUGGAUGCCAUAUUUUACUUUAUCUGUGUUAUUUCUUAUUAAUUUGGCCAAUUAACUGAUACCCUGUGCCUUUUGAGAGAUUUUUAGCCUGAAAAAGCUUGUAUUCUAUAUAUUCUGUGUUGGUGGAUUAAUAAAUGAAGGUCCUGUGAAGUAGUCUUGGUGUUGUCAUGAACUUUUAAUAGCUGUGGGGAAAAAAAAAAUCAGAGAUGGUAACAGUCAAGCCUCGUGAUGAUUCUGCCCAGUUUGCUGUUCUUCAUCUAUCCAUCCACCCUUUUAUCUGUUCAUCAUCCAUCCAUUCUUUCAAGCUCAUAAUCUCUCUUUUGCACACACACACACUGGACUGACAGACGGCUCAAGAUCUACCCCACCACACACACCUUCAUAGAUGCAACCUGAACGGGCCACAGGACAAGGCCAAAGCUUAUCUCACCCAAUCAGCAGCACUUACUACACUGUAUCCAUGACAACUUAUGUACCAGCUACAGCUAUCUCAAUUUUGUAGUGUAAAAGUAGAUGUUUAUUUUCUGGGUAUCAAUGUUGAACAUUUUGAAGAUAACCUAUAUUAUGUACCUUUUGUGAACACUGUCAUAUAUCCAAACUAUUUGUAUGUUGUUUAACCAUUAUUGCCUUAAGAAAUAUGUUGUGGUAUGUCCAACAUCCAGAUUAUUGAGCUAUAUUUUUUAUUGUGAUGAUGAUGAUUGGCCAAGCAUGUGAAUAUGGUGACUUUCUAGAUGGACCCUUUCCAAAGAGCACAUGCUCAACCAGCAGCCUCUCACAUGGCAUGAGAAGAUGUUCAUUUUUUAAUUGUUGGACUUUGCGGCUGAGAAGAAAAAAUACAAAUUAUAAUGGUAGUAGUGGGAUGUCCUUUAGGAUGGUCUGACCACCAAAGAGCACUAAACAGAAAACAAGGGUAUAUUUACAUUUAAUCAUAUGCUGAUGGCAGACUACAAAAUCUGACUUGAAAAAUAAAAUCAACUGCUAAAAAUGGGAUUCUGUCCUUAGUUUGUGCUGCUGAACCUUUUAUAAAUUAGGUCCUUGUGAUGUUAUUCUGAAGACCUUUGUACUUAAACCUGUGAUCAACGUUUGUAGCUUUAUUCUCACUGUUAACUAAAAGGAUGUGAUUGCUCUCAAAA